AAAAAAUCCAUGCAACAACAAGACUAGUAACAUUCUGCGAUGGUCGCUGAUGGUCGCGGCGCUGAUGGUAAAUUUAGUGACUACACUGAUUUAUUGCAAGGAUUCGACUUGGCUGCUCUUUGACUUCAAACCAUUUUGCCAUCUUCGUGUCAGAUAGCCUUGCAUACAAAUCGUGAAAAUGGCGGAGGUGAAGUCACGUCGCGUCGCGCAAACAGAAGAUUUAUCAAACGUCGAGUUCGAAACAAGCGAGGAUGUGGAAGUUAUUCCAACUUUCGACAACAUGGGGCUCAGGGAUGAGUUGUUGCGCGGAAUUUACGCUUACGGUUUCGAAAAGCCGUCCGCGAUUCAGCAGCGAUCUAUCAAACCUAUAAUGAAAGGUCGGGAUGUGAUAGCACAAGCACAAUCUGGUACAGGCAAGACAGCAACAUUUUCCAUUGCUAUACUGCAAUCGUUGGAUACGCAAGUCAGAGAGACACAAGUGCUGGUUUUAUCACCCACGAGAGAAUUGGCAACUCAAAUACAGAAGGUUAUUUUGGCUUUGGGUGAUUUUAUGAACGUUCAAUGUCACGCUUGUAUAGGUGGCACAAAUCUUGGGGAAGAUAUCAGAAAGUUGGAUUACGGACAGCAUGUUGUGUCGGGCACACCUGGAAGAGUAUUUGAUAUGAUAAAGAGGAGAGUUCUUAGAACAAGAGCUAUAAAAAUGUUAGUCCUUGACGAGUCUGAUGAAAUGUUAAACAAGGGCUUCAAGGAACAAAUUUACGAUGUAUAUAGAUAUUUGCCACCCGCAACACAGGUUGUGUUAGUAUCUGCAACAUUGCCACAUGAGAUCCUCGAAAUGACUAGCAAAUUUAUGACGGACCCUAUUCGUAUUCUUGUAAAACGUGAUGAAUUGACAUUAGAAGGAAUAAAACAGUUCUUCGUUGCUGUUGAAAGAGAAGAAUGGAAAUUUGACACACUGUGUGAUUUGUAUGAUACACUGACAAUAACACAAGCAGUUAUCUUUUGCAAUACCAAGCGUAAAGUAGAUUGGUUAACUGAGAAGAUGAGAGAGGCGAAUUUCACAGUUUGCUCUAUGCAUGGUGACAUGCCACAGAAAGAAAGAGAUAACAUCAUGAAAGAAUUUCGAUCUGGUCAAAGUCGUGUUUUAAUUACAACUGAUGUAUGGGCAAGAGGAAUAGACGUUCAGCAAGUAUCUCUCGUGAUCAACUAUGAUUUGCCCAAUAAUCGUGAAUUGUACAUUCACAGAAUAGGACGAUCGGGAAGAUUCGGAAGAAAAGGUGUUUCCAUUAAUUUUGUAAAAACCGACGACAUAAGAAUUCUUCGAGAUAUUGAACAAUAUUAUUCGACGCAAAUUGAUGAGAUGCCGAUGAAUGUAGCAGACUUAAUAUAAUUCUUAGAUCUUAAAAAUUUAUAAAAGAGAAACAGUUUCUAUUUCCUUAGUUGAAGACAACUGUUCGAAAACUUUGUGUCUUAAGUUUUCUAGUAUAGAAGAAAUUUUGAUUUUUUUCACCUAGACAUUUAAUUUUUCAAUAUAUUACGAAAAUAUGUAAUUAUAAAUAACGAAAAGUUACAUAAUUUUAUAAAACAAACUCUGAUGCAAAUAUAAAAUUAAUAUUACUUUGUACGUUUGUUGUAAUAGAUAAUAUAAAAUGUAUAGGAGA